AUGUUGGAAGCAUCAGUUCCAACAGUAGAGGAUCACUGUCGAGUGCUUAUUUACGUUAAACAAUUUGAUCCUCAAUCACCAGCUUUGUUUAAUUGUCUUCUAGAACGAUUACAAAGAGUGCAUUGCUUGCAAGUGUCAGAUAACCCGAAAAGAAUUUUCAAUGCUGAUUUUAGUGCAACAAUCAACACAGAUCUGCUCAGAUUUGGCGAACUUCAGGCUCAUCGUCGUAUUAUUGGGUUCAUUGGCGUUGUUCAAGCACCAACUGAAAAUGAGAAAGAAGUAACUUCACAGCAAAUUUCCGAUGUAGAUACUGUAGAAGAUCGUAGGGUUAACGUUUCGAAUCCGAGAGCACAUUUUUUUGCGGAAAUCAAGGAGCAGUAUGAUUUUAUAAAGGUUGAGUACGCAUCAACUGUUGUGGAUUCACGAUGUGUCGUUAUCGGAUAUCCAGAAGAAUCUAUAAAAGCGUUGUGUUCGUCACGAGAACUGUUUUAUUUUAAAAGUCUCGAUGAUGCGGAUUCACUGGAAAUAGGUAUUCGGGAUUUUUUGCGCUCUAUUUAUUACGUUCUGGAAAGUCGUCGGCUUGAUCUUUCCUUUGAGAAGUUGGAGUUUCCGCCAUGUCUUGCUCUGAUUGAUGAACAAAAAUACCGUCAAGGUUUGGAAAAUAAAACUAGCAAAAUAUACAGAAAAAAAUGCAUUGGUCGUCUUCGAAAACAAGUUGCUGAUUACACGCUCAUGACUGGUUUGCCCACUUUAGCAAUGGAUUCCUAUCAGUCAGCUAUCGAAUUCCUCAAACAGUCCAACGAUUUACUCUGGCUUGCUGCUGCUUACGAAGGCUGGGCUUGUGCGGCGAUAAUUGCAAAGUAUGAUUUAGCAGAUGAAUGUCCUUCUAUUAGUGGAAUGCAACGAAUCUCAUCUAUGACUUCCGAACAGAUUCUUUCGGCGCGUAAAACAAGUCAGUCUGGUACCGGAUCUAGGAAGAGUGCAAUCAAUUACACAGAAAUAGUUGAAAGAUUCAAAUCAGCAUUGGAAAGCUAUGAAAGAUUUUCAUUUGCCGCAUGGGUCGAAUAUGAAUGUAUGAUGAAAGCUGCUUCUGUUUUUCGAGAUCAGCGUUUGUAUGCAGAUAUGGAGGAUUUCAUAAGAGAACAUAUUGGUAAAUAUCUUGAUGACAGCUUUGAUCAGUUUGGUCACUUCACAAAAGCUCUGAUAUGUCUUAAUUCUGCAGAAGUAUAUCGUAAAAUUGGUUUUAAUCGAAAGUGUGCAUUUUUUGCACGUCUGGGGGUUUUGUUUCGCUUACACAUAACAGAGAGCGGGAGUCGCACUGUUGCGGACUAUCGACAAGUGUAUCCAGUACUAUACCGAACACUAAUUGGUUAUGGAGUGCCUGAAAAUCCAAAAGAAUUGUCAAGCGAUUUAAUGAGAUUAGGGCCGGUACAUAUUCAAAGAAAAGCUUUGCAUGAAGUGUUCAUGAGCGCAUUACGUGCCGAGUACUACGAUGCAGCUAUACGCCAUCUGUGCUAUAUUUUGCAGGUGUAUUAUGAUUAUAUGGAUCAGGAAACAUCCGAGCGAAUGCUUGAAGAGUUUACCAAAUUAGUGGCAUCGCGAGAUGUUCAACAUCAGCUCAACGAGCACAUUUCAUUACCGCAGCAUGGACUUAUUAUACCGCCAAUUCAGAUGAUGCGUUUCCCGAAGCUUGAGAAAUUCGCAGUUUGUUCACUUCCGGGACAUCUUGCUGCCACAACUAUUCGACCAAAGCUUCAUUCCGACAUAUUCAUAUAUUCUCCAUUUCAACAGGAAAUUACUUCGAAAGUUACUUGGGUUCAAGAUUGCGCUUGCGAGGUUUCCGUUUCUGUAAUCAAUUGUCUGCCGUGCGAGUUAUCUGUAUCCAACCUCGAAUUACUUUCUGAAGGCUGCGCUUUUGAGCCAAUUCCUGUGCGGCUCACUUUGCCUGCAUGUAGUGGUAACACGGAAGCCGUAGACCUGAAACUCAUUGGGGUGCCUAGGGAAUCAGGACGGCUCACUAUAACUGGUUAUUCAUGCGAGAUACUGGGUGUGCGUAAUGUUUGUAAAUUACGGGAUUUUCCAGAACGUGUUAAAUCGAAGGGCUUUCUCUCAUCAAUGUUUGAUAUUGAGAUAUUGCCGGCUUUACCUGUUUUGGAACUAAAAACCUCGCUGAGUCGAGCUCCAAUCUCUGAAGAUGACAUUGAACCAACCGCAGAAAUAACUGUUUAUUCUGGACAAACCUUCGAACACAGUGUGUCAUUGGUAAAUACUAGUAAAACUAUUACAGUAAGGCAUGUUAACUUGGUCAUUCGACAACCGAAGGUUUGUGGUGGUCCUUGUAUGAUUGAAAUUGCUAGCCCUGAGUGGCUGGAUGAUAAUGAUAGUACCACUGAGUUAAGGAGGAUCGAACCCUUGGAAAGGAAACAAAUCAAAUUCAGAAUUUUUGGAAUUGAUCCAUCGGCUAUGGCUGAAGAUGGUUCACAAAAGGAGCGAGAUAGUGAAACAGAGAUUUCUACUUGCGAUGCUCCAUCUAUUGAAGAAGCACAUGACCGAAUACCAUUUACCGGAAGAUUAUUAACUUGUGAAUUCAUUUUUUAUUAUCGAGCUGAUAUUGAUGGCCCUAACGGAGAACAGUACGAAAGGCGUUGUCGAUUGCCUUUAGCGGUAUCAAUUGUCCCUGCGGUAACAGUUGCUGCUUGGCAUGUGUUGCCUGGUGAUGGGCCGACAACAAGAUAUGUAGUUGUGGAUGUGACAAAUAAUACUGAGUGGGAUGCUGAAUUAACUUAUGGGAAGGAUCGAGUGAUUGGCGUACAGCCUAAGGAGUUUUGCAGAGUACCGCUGCUAUGCAAAUGUUGUUCUGAAGUAGCAUCAAAUGCAUUUCAAGAAGCAGCCAGUCGUGCAUCUCACAUGAUGCAAAUGCAGGAAAUGGAACGGUUACGACAAAUUCUAGAACGUCAUGUUUCCUGGCAUCUGGAUAUUCGUUGGUCUAUCUCCAGUUCAAGUCUUUCAGGAUCAGUACCCGUCGGUCCCUUGCUAUCUUCUGUUUCACUCCUGAAACAACUUGUAGUACCAGUGAUUUCUGUUCAGGCGAAUGUAAACGGAAUGCCGUUGUUGAAUGACGAUGAAAUUACUGUUGGUAUCGGUGAAAUAGUUCAGCUCAGUUUAAGCUUAAUUACUCCUACAAACGACACUCGUUCGUUUAGUGGUUUAAUACAGCUGCAGUGUUACCGCGAUUUACAAAAUGGGUCCGUCAUUGAGAGUGGUGAUAAUAUGAUUGUGUUAAAUACUGAAAGUAUACCAUUUCAAAUAGUGCAGAAGGAAGGAACGGUUGAAAUAGCUACUCUAUCUGCGGCAGAUACAGUUUCAGUCGAAAAUGACUAUGCACCAGUAGCAACUGUUAAUUUCAGUAAGAAACCUGUGAAACGAGUGGUUAUUCAGGAAAUAUUUCAUGCUAAUUUCCAACUCCUGUUUCGCUAUGAAGGAGCGCAUAAGAUCAGACCGCUCAUUAUUUUGAAUGAUAAAUCUAUUAUCUCGUCAGAUGAAUUGUUCUGUUGUGCUAUUUCAUUCAGUGUGAUCACAAAGGUUUCAUAA